AUGUCUGACCCUCGCAAAAAAAAGCUGGUGCAAACCGUGCUCAACCUCCAUCCGGAGGGGGGAAAGGGUCUCGGUGACUCCCGCUCCCCGUAUUUUGCCCGACGCCAACGCCUCCAAAAUGACAAUAUGACAGCUAGCUCAUUACAGAAUGAUUCUCAAGACACAAUGGACGAUAUACAACUUACCCCAACUGUAUUGCAGUCACAAGAAUCGUAUAACAAUACAAUCACAGAUUCUAGCUACGAUCUAUAUCACAAACGUGCAAUCCAAGCUUCUCGCAAAAGCCUCUCCAGCAUAGCUGCAGAAACCACGACUUUGCUUCCCAAUAUUCUCGCUACAGCCCCCCACGCUCCCCCAAAAGGAUACCUGUACGCACCUCCAAACCCGCCCCAUCUCGGGCGGCGCUUCUGCCCGAACCUCCAUCCCACUGCAAUCCGCCUUCACGAUGCGGAUACCUUCGACACCGCCAUUGGCCUAGCGAACUGCGCAAAAUACAUUACCAUCCAGGACAAGAAGCCUGUCUGCGUCCUGAACAUGGCCAAUGCAUACAUCGCAGGCGGAGGCUGGAAGCACGGGGCUCUAGCUCAAGAAGAAGCCCUCUGUUAUAGGAGCAGUCUCAGCUUCACGUUGAAGCGGCGUUACUAUCCGAUUCCAGAGAUGGGCGCGAUAUACUCACCCACUGUGGUAGUGAUUCGGGAAAAUAUGGAUGAAGGUGAACAUAAACUGUUAGAUUUGUCCCGGCCGGACAAGCUGCCUGUGGUUAGCGUGGUUAGCGUGGCGGCCCUCUGUUUGCCAGCAGUUGAGAAUAGGGAGGUGCCAGGGCUGGGGGCUAGGGAGGUCUAUAAGGAUCCUGCUGAUCGGGAAAUUAUGAAGGAGAAAAUCCGGGUGGUUCUGCGGACUGCCGCGGUUAAUCAACAUCGGAGAUUGGUGCUGGGUGCGUUGGGUUGCGGGGCGUUUGCGAAUCCAAGGGAGGAGGUGGCGGAUUGCUGGGCUGAAGUCUUUCUGGAGCGCGAAUUCAGUGGUGGGUGGUGGGAAAGUGUCAUAUUCGCCGUUAUGGAUGAUCGGGGCGAGGGGGAGGAUGGGGAUGGAAAUUUUGGUGUGUUUUAUCGAAGACUAAACGGAGUUAUGGUCUAA